AUGUUAUUGGAACUGGUCUUCGAGGAUAUCGUCACCGUGACGGUAGGUGUCCAGAGCGUGGUACUCGUCGAGGUGCUCGUAACAGUGGACUGUGCAAUUGCACGAACAUCCACGGGGUUUGUUGCGCCUGCGGCGGCCGUGGGGCUUGGAAAGAGCGCCGUGGCGGCGGCUGGAGAGAUCCGGCCGGAGAUGGCUGUUUCGAUCGGCAAGGCAGUAGCCGGCGUGAGAACCUCUGGCUUCGCUGCAAUCUGGGCCUUCGAGCCUUCGAUGGCUGGUUCCGAGGCGGCUGCUGCGAGCGAGAGCGCGGCGAGUAUCCAGGUCAUGCUCAUGAGCAGCGUCUUUGCCGUCACACGAUCCAUCAGUGAGUGA